AUGGAUUUUAUCUUUGGAAAAAACGAUCGCAAGCGUAAAGCUGAUGACGUUGAUGAAGAAGAAGGCAACAAUGAGCAAGAUAUCAAAAGGCAGCUUUUCGACAACACUGUGAAUUCAGCAACUGAGCAAUCGAGCGAGAUUCAGCCAUCUGACACUGUACAGCAACAGGAGCAACAGCCAUCUACUGAAAAUGGUGCUUCCAAUGAACCUAUUGAACCAUCACAAGAGACUCUUGAGGAGACGAAUGGACAACGAGAACCUACCGAGAAAGAGGAUCAAGACACCGAGCAAAGUGACGACAACAAGGAAGACGUUGAAGGCGUCGUUGCAUCAUCAGAGGAGAAUCAUCAACAACCUGGAGAAGUGGCAGCAUCAUCAUCAGCAACUCCUAGCAAAGUGAAGACGGUGGUUCCUUUUGAUCGAUUGAUUGUGCUCACUGUAUCGGCUACGUGUGAUGAGAAUUCAGCUUCGAUACCCGGCUCUAUGCAAGUAACAAAGGAGAACUCUGAAGUGAUCGAAUUGUCAUUUGUGAUCAUCAAUGCUUCCAAUAUGGAUGUGAUCCACACUGAGCAAAUCUACGUCAAGCCUGAACAUACGCCUUUCACCGAUUACUGUGCUCAGGUCACCGGCAUAACGAAUGAUAAGCUUGAAUCAGCUGGCACCCUUCAAGAUGCAAUCAACAAGCUUGACGAUUAUAUUCAAAGGGAGAUUGAAGGCAAAUUGUCAUUUUGCUUCGUGACUCAUGGCGCAUGGACACUUCGGAUACAACUCCCACGAGAAGCACGCGACAAGGGCAUUGAACUCCCAUCGUAUUUGUCAUUUUGUCGCAUGUUUGAUUUGAAGCAAGAGAUUCAGCGUUGGCAGGUGCAUCAUCGAGAAAUCAAUCUUUGGUCAAUGUCACUCAAGGAUUUAUGCGAGGCAUUCCAUGUUGAAAGGGUGACAAAUGAAUCGGCUGGACUCAACACAUGCUUGACCACUGUCAACGUGAUUCGAUAUCUCACUGAUUUUGGACAUCCGGAUGUGUUUGUACACCCCAUUGAUACGAAUGCAGAUCUACAGCAAUUCAAAAAGGAGGAAUCGAAGGUGGUGCAUUUGGCUGGUUUACCAUUUGAAGUCACUCAAGGAGAAUUGGAGGCAUGGUUUUCAUCGAAUGGCUUGAGACCUGUAUCGACAUGGAUGAUUCAAACAUCAGAUUAUACCAAACCCAACCUCUCUGGUUUUGUUGUCUUCAGUGCACAUGGCGAUGCAAUGCGAGCACUUUCAUUGAAUGGACGUUGUCUUGGAGAACGAGCUGUUGAGGUAUCACCAAGCAGUGAACGUGUCAUUGAAGCAGCUGGCAGUAUGCUUGUUCCAUUCCCAUCUCAACCCAAGAACCGAACUUUGCGACCAGGCGAUUGGAAUUGCCCAACUUGUGGCUUCCACAACUUUGCCUCGCGACGUACAUGUUUCAAAUGCAACACUGAGAAUCCAAUUGCACCUCCUGGUGGUUUCCAAGCAGCUCCUAUGGCAGCACCACCACCACCUCCACCUUCCAUGGCCAAUGCUCCAACAGCGGCUGCAGCUCCACCUACAAUGCCAACACCUCCACCACCUCAUCAUGUACCCAACUUUAUUCAAGGCGAUUGGAUGUGUCCAAACUACUCUUGUGGCUUCCAUAAUUAUGCAUCCCGUUUCCAAUGCUUCAAGUGUGGCACGUAUCGUCCUCAAAAUGCUGGCAGUCCUCAACCUCCACCACCAGGCAUGGGCUAUACACCUCGUCCACCUAUCACUUUCCGUCCUGGUGAUUGGUAUUGCCCAAACUGCAACUUUCAAAACUUCGCUUCACGUACAAGCUGCUUCAAGUGCCAUACACCCAAUCCUAGUCCUGGAGCGGGUCGUGCUUCAUAUCCUCCACCACCACCUCCUCAACAACAACAAGGCGCUUAUGGUUAUGGAGGCAAUUCUUAUGGUGCUCCUUCUUAUGGUCAACCUGCUGGUGGUGCUGGGAACUAUGGUUAUGGUCCUCCAAGUGGUACACAAGCUCCUUUCCGUCCUGGUGAUUGGUACUGCCCUUCAUGCAACUCGCACAACUUUGCUUCAAGAUUCCAAUGUCUCAAGUGUGCAACACCCAAGCCCCAUAAUGGCCAAGGUCCUCAACCGACUUACGGUGGUACGGGUAAUCCUGGCAUGAAACCCGGCGAUUGGAUUUGCGUGAACGAAACGUGUGGCUUCCACAACUUUGCGAAACGAACACAAUGUGCCAAGUGCGGUAUGAUGAAUCCUUCAGCGCAUGCAGGUGGCCCUGCUAGCGCUUAUUGA